AUUGUUCCACAUGACAAACAUGGCGACCUCCAUCAGCAUGGUGCUGAGAUUAGGAGCCACUGCACUGGUUGCAAGACACUGUUCAAGGCCGAGGGUGUACACCCAGCAGCGGCUGCUUUCUCACGGAGCCCGGAGCAGUCUGUACGAGCAUGUCUGUGAAGGUUACAGCGACAAGCCCGAGCUGGACAUGAGGCUGGUGUGUGAGGAGACAGACAGAGUCAUAGCAAAUGUGGAGAACAGGAAGGGAGACCUGCAAGGGGAUGACGUCAGGAAGAUUGUGUGUGUGUGGCAGGAGCUCCAGGCAGUGAGGACGGAGAUCUCAGGACUGGAGGUGCAGAAGAGCCACGUCAGUGACGCAGUCAAAGCAAUAGUGGUCAAGAACGACAAGAAAGCCCUUGGCAGUCUUCCAGAGUACACUCAGGCUCUGCAGAAGGGCCGCGAGAUCCGCAGCAGACUGAAUCAACUCUACCUGAAAGAGACGGAGCUGGAUGAGGAACACUACGGACGGGCGCUCAGACUGCCCAACACCUCACACCCUGAUGUGCCGGUCGGAGAUGAGAGCCAGGCGAGAGUGGUGGAGCUGGUUGGACAGAAACCAGAGUUCGACUUCAAGCCCAGAGGCCACGCAGAGCUGGGGGAGGAGUUGGGUCUCAUCCGGCAGAGACAUCUGGCUCAUGUCUCAGGCCACAGGUCCUACUAUCUGAGGGGAGCGGGGGCCAGACUUCAGACUGCUCUCCAAAACUUAGCCCUGGACACACUGCAGCGACGGGGCUUCAUUCCCAUGGUUGUACCGGACAUGAUGAAGGGGGCCGUGUUUGAGGGAUGUGGGAUGCAGCCCAACGCCCAUCGGUCUCAGGUCUACUCUCUGGACCAGUCCCGCUUCCCAGACCUCAACCUGGCCGGGACUGGAGAGGUCGGCGUGGCAGGCUAUUUCAUGGAUCAUGCAGUAAACUGGAAGGACAUGCCUGUCAGGACGGUGUGCAGCAGCACCUGCUACAGAGCAGAGACGGACACGGGCAGAGAGACAUGGGGGCUCUACAGAGUGCAUCACUUCAACAAGGUGGAGAUGUUUGGAGUGACAGCAGAUGAGACGGGAGAAGAAAGCUCUAAGCUGCUGGACGAGUUUAUCUCUCUGCAGAAAGAGAUGUUCUCUGCACUGGAACUACACUACAGAGUUCUGGACAUGCCGACACAGGAACUGGGUCCUCCAGCACACAGGAAGUAUGACAUCGAAGCAUGGAUGCCUGGGAGGGACAGCUAUGGAGAGAUUUCCAGUGGAUCCAACUGCACCGACUACCAAAGCAGACGCCUUAACAUCCUGUAUGAGCGAGAGGACGGCAGCCUGCAGUACGCCCACACAGUGAAUGCCACAGCAUGUGCCAUCCCCAGAACCAUCAUCGCCAUCCUGGAGACCCACCAGACCAAAGAGGGAACAGUGCGUGUCCCCCGAGCCCUGCAGCCUUAUUUGGGCCUGGAAGUCAUCGAGAGCCCAAAGUACACUCCCCUGAAAUACAUCGGACCCAACCAGCACAUUCGACCAGCCCGACCCGCUCCCAAGACCAGAUGACAAAAACAAUAGUCAAGACAGAAAGUAGAUCUUUAAAGGGACUAUGGUUGAAAGAAAAUAGUCCCUACAUGAACCUUCUCACAACGAGGUCUGUGGAUAAUCGUUGACUCAUGAUUUCUGGAAAGAGACGUUGCUUUUGAGUUUGUCAAAUGUAUAUUUAUGUUACUUUGGCACAUCUAGUCCCAUAAAUUGGAGAGAAACAAACAUCUAUAAAUAAUCUAAAUUUAUAAAAAGCAAUGAACUGUUCCUUAAAGACGCAUGAGGUUAUUGGUUGGUCUAAAUGAAUUGAAUUGGGUUAAGAAAUGUUUUGAGGUGAUGGAUCAAACCGUAAUAAAGCAGUUUACUGUCACUGUAAAUAUAUUUAUGUCUUAUUUUGUCUAAUGCCAUGAAAUUGCAAAUGUACGCCAGAAGGUAAUGCCCAUGAUAAUGAAUAACCAAUAAAGGA